AUGUGCUGCAACUACUACGGAAACUCCUGUGGAGGCUGUGGCUAUGGCUCUGGCUGUGGCUCUGGCUGUGGCUCUGGCUGUGGCUAUGGCUGUGGCUAUGGCUAUGGCUGUGGAUCUGGCUGUGGCUAUGGCUGUGGCUAUGGCUGUGGCUAUGGCUGUGGCUAUGGCUCAGGUUGUAGAUAUGGCUAUAGCUCUGGCUCUGGCUAUGGCUGUGGAUAUGGCUCCAGAUGUGGCUAUGGCUGUGGAUAUGGCUCUGGCUAUGGCUGUGGAUAUGGUCCUGGCCUUGGUUAUGUCUGUGGCUAUGGCUCUGGCUGCUGUAGCUACCGACCAUGUUGCUAUAGAAGAUGCUAUUCUUUUUGUUGCUAA